AGAUGCCUACUAUAUAUUUGACUGCCCUGCACUAAUGUCCCCUUAACUGGCUAGCUACCGUGAAGCACCUCAUGGCCACACUCAGUCCGAUCUCGUCUCUCCUCCUCCUCCUCCUCCUCCUCCUCCUCUCCUCUGGUAGCCUGACGCUCGCCUCCGCCUUUGCGACCGCCCUCGACCCGAGCCUUAUGGGCAUCAACCUCGGGAAGGAGAAGCUCAGCCACUUCCGCUUCUACUGGCACGACGUCCAGAGCGGCCCCCACCCCAGCUCUGUCACCGUCGUGCCCCCGCCGUCCAACGCCUCAGCCACCUUCUUCGGUCUCAUCAACAUGAUCGACAACCCCCUGACCAUCCGCCCCGACCCGCGGUCCGAGCUCGUCGGCCGCGCCCAGGGCCUGUACUCGUCGGCGUCGCAGGAGGAGGUGGGCCUGCUGAUGAUCAUGAACUUCGCCUUCGUGGCGGGGAAGUACAACGGCAGCGGCAUCACCGUGCUGGGGCGGAACCCGGUGCUCCAGAAGGUGCGGGAGAUGCCGGUGAUCAGCGGCUGCGGGCUGUUCCGGUUCGCCCGCGGGUACGCGCAGGCGACCACCCACACGUUCGACCGGAAGACCGGCGACGCCGUCGUCGAGUACAACGUCUACGUGUUGCACUAUUGACGUUUGGUGAUGUGAUCAUGAUCGGUUUACUUUUUGGGCCUUUUUCUUAUCCCCUUUCGCUUAUUGACUGUUGCCAGCUUUUUUCUCUUUCAAAUUCCUAGGGUUCUAGAAAUGGCAAUCAUAGCUGCCACUUGUGAUUUCCAGGUUUGCUUAUGGUCCAAGCAAAAUGGAGUCGGUAGGUGGAUUUCUGACCA